UUUAGGUUAUGUUUAUAAUAUAGCCGGAUUUUUUUAAAAACAUUUUAUCUCACACUAUUAAAGAACCUGCUAGUUACUAACCAAUUUUAGGAAGUUUAUUUUGUAAUAUAUUCGUAAUAACUCCUUACAAAUGAGUGUGCCGACUCAUGAUCCCGGUCCUGAACAGUUCCAACAGUUUCCUUCCAAUAGGAUUAUUGUGAUCCAUCCGGGGUCACUCUAUGUAAGGAUAGGACGAGCUUCCGACUUAGUUCCAGUCAAACAACUCCACUGCAUCGCAAGAAAACGUCGACCUGGGGGUAAAAUAUAUCGAGAUCCUUUCGUACCUCCUAGUGUACCAAAAACGAAGGAACUCAUUGAAGAAUUAGAAGAAUGUCGCUUACAAAUAUCGCACACACUUCAGUCGUGUAUGCAAUCAAAUGGAGCCAGGCGAUAUGCGACGCCACCGCAACAAAUAGCUGCUUUUAACCGCAGAUCAUUGCCGGAAACGGAAAACGAUGGAGAACCUUGGCCGCAAGUACAGUGUGAGAUCGUUAUUGGGGACUUGGUACUCGACAUCGAUCCUGAGCUGCCUUAUAACAUACAUUUUCCGUUCCGAAGAGGUGAUUUCAACUUGCACCCAGAAGUUGGUGGUUCUAUUUCAUCAGUUCUAAAUGAUUUGUAUACUAUUUGGAGUUCCAUUAUUGAAUACAAGUUGGACAUACCUCUCAUAGAACUUGUUAAGUACCGAUGUGUAUUACUCAUACCAGAUAUAUACUCUAGAAGUCAUUUAAAAUACUUAACUUCUUUGUUACUAAAGGAUUUAGGGUUUGGACACUGUUUCCUUCUGCAGGAAAGUGUGGGUGCAACGUUUGGAGCUGGAAUAGGCUCGGCAUGUGUUGUAGAUAUUGGUGACCAAAAAACUGCCAUUUCAUGUGUUGAAGAUGGUAUUUCUCAUAAGACCACCAGAUUAAGAAUGGACUAUGGUGCUGGAGAUGUGUGCCAAGCAUUGUCUUGGAUGUUCCAUAAAAGUGCUUUUCCUUAUAAAAACUGGAAUGAGAAUGUUCCGAGAGAUGUAAUUCUUAUGCGUAAUCUCUAUCAAGAUUUUUGUCAUGUAAACUUAGACGUGUGUGGACCACAAGAGAAAACCUUCCUAGUUGAUCAUCCUGGUGAUGUAGUGAACAAAUAUACCUUGCAAGUGGGUGAUGAAUGUAUAAUAUCACCACUUUCUUUAUUCUAUACAGAUCUGCUUAAAAUUACUGGUCAGAAAACAACAAAGAUUCAAAAUCGGCAGCCCAGUGAUGCAGAAGAUCCUUUCGAUGCGGAAUUUUUAAGGGAGACUGGUAGAAAACGUGAGACUGCUGAUCCAAGUGCUAAUGAAAGCCAACAGUUUGAGGCGACAAAUGAAAAUCAACCCACUGCCAAUCCCGAUGAAGAUAUUGUCGUGGAUACAUUAGAAGGGGGCCCUGGAGAUAUUGUAUCAUUAGCACCAGGGCAAGUUCUAAGCUUAGAUGCAGCAAUAUUACAAAGUAUAGAUCGUUGUACUAGUGAAGAGCUGAAACGAAAGAUGUACAGUAGUAUUUUGAUUGUCGGAGGUGGGGUUAAAGUUCACGGACUUAAUUUAUGGCUGCAAAAUAGAUUAGCUCUCCAAAUUCCCUACACAUAUAAGACUGAGCAGUUAGAAAUAGUGACGUCUCCAAAGGAUAUUGACCCAGCGAGUACAGUUUGGAAAGGAGCAGCAGUUAUGUCUUGUUUGGAAUCCGCAAUAGAACUCUGGAUAAAUCAGAGUGAAUGGAAUAGAUAUGGGUUGAAAAUAUUGAGAGAACGCGCUCCAUUUAUAUGGUAACAUAAUAAAAAUAAGAUCUAUAUAUAAGAGUUAUAAAUAAUGUUGGAAUUGUAUGUUUUAGUCAGUAAACAAACUUUAUUAAGUA